AUGAAGAAGUAUCUGAGUGGCUCGAUCGCGGAUCUCACCCAAGCGGAAGCAAGAUCGUAUGGCAAGAUCGCGUCUGACUACGAGGUGGACGAGCAGGAUCUACUCUUUUACGGCCCCUCGACGCCGAGACCGGGAGACGAUCGCGACCGAUUGAUGAGAUUGGUAGUUCCCGAAACGCUACAGUCGGACGUUUUACACCACUAUCACACCACGUUGGAAGGAGGACAUCAAGGAGUGGGGCGAACCUACCAGCGGAUCAUUGAUCAUUUCCAUUGGAGGGGAUUAUACCUGAGCGUCCAGGGGUACGUGGGGGAAUGCGUGGAUUGCGAGACAGGAAAAGGAAAGCCGGUGAUCCGGGGUGAAUCACCUGGAAACUUGCAGGCGACGUACUCGUUCCAGAUUAUUGCGAUGGAUCACAUACCGUCGCUACCCAGAUCCGACAAGGGGAACACUGAAUCAUUGAUCUGGGUCGAUCUGUUCACAGGAUAUGUGAUCGCGAAGACCAGCUCGUCCCGAUCGGCCCAGACGGUUGCGGAAUCGUACGAAUAG